GGGAAAGUGCUUUGAGAGUGAGGACACUGGGGGUGGCUGGGAUGCGGUCCCCGAGGGCAGUGGUGGACAGGCCACUCUGACUUGUCACCAGCUCACAGGAGGCCCCCCUGACGACACUGCUCUGAGCCCAGCCUUCAGCCAUGGCGUGCCCUCUGGAUCAGGCUAUUGGCCUCCUGGUGACCAUCUUCCACAAGUACUCCUGUCAGGAGGGCGACAAGAACACCCUGAGCAAGAGUGAACUGAAGGAGCUGAUCCAGAAGGAGCUCACCAUUGGGGCGAAGCUGCAGGAUGCUGAAAUUGCAAAACUGAUGGACGACCUGGACCGGAACAAGGACCAGGUGGUGAACUUCCAAGAAUAUGUCACCUUCCUGGGGGCCUUGGCCAUGAUCUACAAUGACAUCCUCCGGGGCUGAAAAUAAAUUGGGAAGGUGGAGACACCCUCUAGCUGGCCUGUCUAGUGGUGGGUAAUUGUACAAUAAAUUUUUUUUUUUGGUUAAAUCUA